UAGACUACAAAUAUCCGAGGAGGUCCACGGUAUUUUCUUUUAUCCUACUCACCUCAGUCUUUCAUUCAUUAUUAUAUUCUUCAUUCAUCAUGAAGUUCUUCGCUGUCGCCGCACUUGCCAGCCUAGCGCACUUGGCAAGCGCAGUUGGCGUUGUUGGCACGGCUGAAGGCUUUGCGACGGGUGUUACUGGUGGUGGCAGCGCCAAUCCUCAGUACCCUAAAGACAUCACCGAGCUUGCUAGUUGGCUGACUGACUCGACCGCGCGUGUCAUUGUCCUUGACAAAACCUUCGACUACACCACUUCCGAGGGAACGGUGACUGGCACUGCUUGCGCAAACUGGGGAACUGGAGCCGCGUGCCAGCGUAUCUUGCAGGACACUUGCGAUGCCGGUAAGGUCAAGGAAACUGUCACCUACUACAAGGCUGCAAAGCAGCCCAUCAAGGUUGGCUCCAAUAAGACCAUCCUGGGUAUCGGAUCCAAAGGUAUCAUUAAGGGCAAGGGCCUGUCGUUUGCUGGCAAGAACGUCAUUGUCCAGAAUAUUCAGGUCAGCGACUUGAACCACAAGUACGUCUGGGGUGGCGAUGCACUCUCCUUCGCUGGAGCUGAUCUCAUCUGGAUCGACCACGUAACAACUGCUCGUCCUGGCCGCCAGCACUACGUUUUCGGCUACACGCCUAGUACCCGUAUCACCCUCUCCAGCAACUUCAUCAACGGUCUCUCCGAUUACUCCACCGGCUGCGACGGCUACCACUACUGGGUCUUCGAGAUGGUCGGCACCGGCGACACAAUCACCAUGAAGAACAACUACAUCACCAAGACUGCCGGUCGUGGCCCCGCUCUCAGCGGCAAGACUCUUCUCCACGCUGUCAACAAUGUCUGGUACGACGUCAAGGGACACUUGCUCGAGGGUGGUGAAGCCACCGCCCGCGGAAUCUUCGAGGGCAACGUCUUCAACAACGUCCAGAACGUUGUCGCAGACUACAAAGGCAAGCUUUUCGGCUCUCCUGACGCUACGACCAACAAGCAGUGCAGCUCUGCUCUUGGCCGUGACUGCCAGGUCAACCUCUUCCAGGGUACUACCACGACUGCCAGCAGCUUAACCGGCAAGAAGGAUACCAGCUUUUUCAGCGAGUUCAGCGGCAAGAGUGUGGCGAGUGCUAAGGCUGCGACUGAGAUUACGACCAGAAUCCCCAAUGGAGCUGGUACUGGCAAGCUUUCCGCACUUGCCUCAAGGUCUGCCUCUGCCAAGUUCAGGGACUAAACCUGUCGCUCUCGUAUUCGGCAGAUAAUUCGUAUUUUUCCAGGAGGAUCCUGAGGCUUCAAUUGUACAUAAUUUGACAGUAAUUAUUCGAAAAACGGCAGGGACCGUGACAUAUAUUGCAC